UAAACUCCAUUCGGAUCCAAAUCCAGCACUUCCAUCUUCCCUGCAAUUUCACGCUUCAAUAAUCUUAUUCUUAUUACCAGCAGGGACCACCAGGCCACCUACUUCUGGAAAAAGCCUUGCCUUCCAAACGCGUUUAUAUUGACUUUGAAGCACACACAAGUCUUCCACGCCUACCUUCAUCAACUUCCAAACACUGAUCUCUCCCCGUAUUUUCAUACUUGCAGUCGAUGAUGGCCGAAGCUUUUGUUCAAAUUCUACUGGACAAUUUGAACUCACUCAUCGGAAAUGAGGUUGGGUUGCUCUGGGGUGUUGACAAAGAAAUGAAAAAACUUUCCAGCUUGUUCUCAACUAUUCAGGCCGUGCUUGAAGACGCUGGGGAGAGGCAAGUAGAGGACAAGGCAAUCAAGAAUUGGUUAAGGAAGCUAAAAGAGGCGGCUUAUGUGGUAGAUGACAUCUUGGAUGAUUGCGCCACUGAAGCCUCUCGAUUAGAGCAUAAAUGCCAGAAUUCAAGGUUUAUAAACAAGACAAUGUCUUCUUUCAUGCAUAAACUUCGUCCACAUAAUAUUUUAUUCUGUCACAAGAUCGGUGUUAGGAUGAGAGAGAUUACAGAAAGGUUAGAUGAAAUUGCUCAAGAGCGAAGUAAAUUUCAUUUGAAUGAGUUUGUUUCAGAUAGGCGAAAUGAAGUCACAGAAAGACGCCAAACUGCCUCCAUUAUUACGCAAUCUCAUGUAUAUGGAAGAGACGAGGAUAAAGAAAAAAUUAUUGAAUGCCUGGUGAAGCGUGUAGCCUGUUGUGAUGACAUUUCAAUCUACCCAAUAGUUGGUUUAGGAGGCCUCGGAAAGACAACACUUGCUCAAGUAGUCUUCAAUGAUGAAAGAGUGAAGAGUCAUUUUGAGGUGAGAAUUUGGGUUUGUGUCUCUGAGGAUUUCAAUGUGAGGAGGAUUGUUAAAGCUAUUAUUGAAUCUGCAAGUGGAACUACUUGUGAAUUCUUAGACUUGGACCCUUUGCAGCGACGACUACAAGAGUUAAUUAAAGAGAAACGGUAUCUGCUAGUUCUCGAUGAUGUGUGGAAUGAAGAUCAAGACUUGUGGGAUAGAUUAAAGUUCGUAUUGGCGUGUGGGUCAAAAGGGGCUUCAAUCGUCGUCACAACUCGUAUCAACAGGGUUGCAUCAAUUAUGGGAACGCUCCCUCAUCAUAAUUUAUCAGGAUUACUGGAGGAUGAUUGCUGGUCCUUGUUUAAGGAGCGUGCAUUUGGACCUGACAAAGAAGAACGUCCAAACCUUUUAGCAUUGGGAAAGGAGAUAGUGAAGAAGUGUGGGGGUGUGCCUCUAGCUGUAAAGUCUCUAGGCAGUCUGAUGCGCUUUAAAGACAAGGAGGAUGAAUGGCUCUCUGUUAGGGACAGUGAACUUUGGAACUUGCCACUUGGGGAAAACUCUAUCUUGCCAGCUUUACGGUUGAGUUACUCUCAUUUACCAUCAAAAUUUAAACAAUGUUUUGCUUAUUGUGCUUUCUUUCCUAAGGAUUUUCGGAUUGAGAAAACAAAGCUGAUUCAUCUAUGGAUGGCCAACGGGUUUAUUACUUCCUCGGGAAAACAGGAGCUAGAAGAUAUUGGUAAUGAGAUAUGCAAUGAAUUAUGUUGGAGAUCUUUUCUUCUUGAUGGUGAGAAAUAUAAGAUUGGUGACAUCGUCAGAUUUUCUAUGCAUGACCUUGUUCAUGAUCUUGCCCAAUCUAUAAUGGAAGAUGAAUGUCAUCUAGUGAAGUCUCAUUGCUCAAAUCCUAUCUCAAAAAGAACGGUUCAUGUUGGAAUAAAUUUUGAUUUUCUGCAGUCGUUUAUGAAUGCUAAUGCUUUGCAUGGAUCUGAAACCGUAAGGACAAUUUAUCUGCUGCCAGGUACAAGCAGUCCAGAGAAUGCCUUCGACUUUUCUUGUGACUUCUCAAGAUUAAGAGCAUUAUCUGCGUGUCGGUAUAGUGGGAAGAAGUUGUCUUCAAUUAGCCAUUUGACGCAUUUAAGGUACUUGAACCUUUCUUACUCUAAUAUCGUUAAGCUUCCAGAAUCAAUUUGUGGGUUGUUUAAUAUGCAGAUUUUGAUACUAGAAAGAUGUUAUUCUCUUUUGGAACUACCUAAACAGAUGAGGUGCCUAAAAAAUCUACGACAUCUUCACCUUAAUGGUUGUUCUGAAUUAUCUCAAAUGCCCCAAAAAAUGGGACAGAUCACUUGCUUACAGACUUUAACUUUGUUCGUUGUGAGUGAGAAAGGUUCUCACCUAGCUGAAUUGAAAGGUUUAAAUCUAGGAGGAGAGUUGCAUAUUAAAUAUCUCGAGAGAGUGGGCAAUCCGCUGGAUGCAAAGGAAGCAAAUUUGUUGGGAAAGCAAAAUCUCCGCCGCUUGACCUUGUCCUGGGAACAAGUUAGUGAAUCUGAAUUGCCGGAAAAUGCUGAGGAGGUCCUUGAUGCCCUUGAGCCUCCCCGAAACCUUGAGCAUUUGGUUAUAAGAAAAUACAAAGGUGUCCAGUUUCCACUUUGGGUGAAUGAUCAAAAUCUUAGUAAGGUUGUUUCUAUUGAGCUCUCACAGUGUCCAAAUUGUGUUCAGCUUUCUUCCUUUUGGAAACUACCUUUCCUUCAACGUCUUGCACUCUAUAGAAUGACUCAAGUAUCGUACAUUAACGACGAUAUUCAAAGUGCAGGACUAAUAGGAAGAUUCCCAUCUUUGAAGAAACUUGAGAUUUAUGAUAUGCCAAGGUUACAGAGGUUGACGAAAGAGGAUGGAGAAGAAUUUUUCCCGUGUCUUACCAACCUGGAAAUUUUUGAUUGCUGUAAAUUGACUUUGCCACGUCUUCCUUCAUUGGAACGCUUAUGGGUGAAAGGUUGCAGUGACGCGAUGCUGAGAUCAAUCUCAGACGCUAGACGCCUUGAUCGCCUAAAUUUACUUGAUAACAAUGAGUCAAUUUACCUUCCACGAGGGAUGUUGCAAAACCUCACCUCUCUUCAUUCAGUUACUAUUCGAAAUUUCAGCAAGCUUAAGGGGCUUCCCACAGAGUUGCAACAGCUUUCCAGCCUCCGGAGCUUGAACCUUAUUAACUGCCCAGAGUUGGUAGCCCUUCCUGAAGGUAUUAAACGCCUCAGUUCCCUCCAGCAUUUAACCAUAUCUGGUGCAGAUUUAGGUGUUCAAUUAGAGUUUAAUUCAAAAAUACCCACCGACUUUAGUCAAGCCACAUAUUGUUCAUAUAGACCUGCUUCUAAGGCUAAGUUGGCAGUCUUGCCAGAGGUCUUAAGGCAUAUCCCUGCACUGCAGUCUUUCUGUAUAUCCAGCUACCCUGAUCUGGCAUUAUUACCUGACUGGCUGGGAGACCUCACAUCACUUCAAUCUUUUUACAUCUAUUACUGCCCAAAAUUGUCAUCUCUUCCCGCUAGCAUUCAGAGUCUCAGCAAUCUACAGAAACUGGAGAUUUAUUACUGCCCUGAACUGGUUAAGCGAUGUGAGAAAGAAACCGGGGAGGAUUGGUACAAAGUAGCACACAUUCCGAACGUUACAGUGGAAUUGGAAGAUAAAAGUUGGAAUCGGCACGCAAACGUUAGUGCAAAUGAGAAAUACAAAACAAGUAAAACUAAUUGUUGCAUCAAGUUGAAUGAUAUGAUGGGCAUUUGAUUUCAGAGGUGAAUUCAAAUUGAAUUGAGAUGAGCUUGGGGUACGCUUGAUUUGAAUUUAUAAUACUUAAUUCAAACUUUUUUAUAUUAGUGUAAAGUAUUUUUGAAAGAUUAUUAAUAAGGUUAACAGAAUUAUAAAAAAAGUGAAUAAUAUUGUUUGAAUGACAAACAAAAACUUCUGAAAAUGUGAAAAAGAAUAUAACCUUUGUUUUCCA